AUGCGCCACGACUUCACAAUAAAUCCAAGCGUACCCGCUAGGCGCGUCUACAUAAGUGUAGCCGAUACUCCUGCAUCACAAGCAUCAACUGAACAUCCUAACAGGAUCUGCAGUCAAACUGAAACCUACGUGUCUUCAAAAAAGAUUUAUCAACAUGGAAUCUUCUGUGGUCUGCUCACUGCUCAGAAGGAACCAGUUCCUCUAAAGAGCAUCGAGGUGGAGCUGCAGGUGAGGGACCAUGUAGCUACAGUGGUUUCCACUCUGAACUACGAGAACAAGGAGGACAAACCAGUAGAAGCUGUUUUUGUCUUCCCUCUGCCUGGAGAUGCAGCUGUGUGUCAUUUCAGUGCAAAGGUUGGACAGACACAUAGUGUAGCUGAAGUGAAGGAGAAACAGCAGGCUCGAGAGGAGUAUGAUGAUGCUUUGAGCUCUGGUCAGCAGGCCUUCCUGUUGGAGGAGAGUGAUCAGAGUCCAGAUAUAUUCUCUCUGAGUGUGGGCAGUCUGCCUCCAGGAGAGAGCACCUCCAUCAGGCUGGAGUACGUCACUGAGCUGGCUGUGCAGGCUGAUGAUGGGCUGAGGUUCUGUCUGCCUGCUGUCCUCAAUCCUCGCUACCAACCUCAGGGUAGCGAAGAUGUCAGUGUCCAGGUGACCUCAGUACCAGCCUCUCUGGUUCCCUACAGUCUGUCCUUUUCUGCCCGAGUCUCCUCUCCUCGUCCAGUCUCUAAAGUAGAGUCCAGUUGUUCCCUGGAGCCUCUUCAGUACCUCAACACUGAUCAGACACAGGCCAUGGUUAAGUUGGCUGCAGGACACAAGUUUGACAGAGAUGUUGAGCUGCUGAUUUAUUACAAAGAUGCCCACCAGCCCACUGCUGUGGUGGAGGCAGGACAGGCCUCUGCAAAGCCUGGAACUCUGAUGGGUGAUCCAGUGGUGAUGGUGAGCCUGUACCCUGAGUUCCCCCAGUCUGUGAUGUCCUCACUCGCCUCAUGUGGGGAGUUUGUGUUCUUAUUGGAUCGAUCGGGAAGUAUGGACUGUUCCAUCAAUAACAGCAAGCAGGAAGAAACUCGCAUUAGCAGUGCAAGGGACACUCUGCUGCUCCUGUUGAAGAGUUUAUCAAUGGGCUGCUACUUCAAUAUCUACAGUUUUGGGUCCAUAUUUAAACACAUCUUCCCUAAGAGUGUAGAGUACAAUGAGAAAAGCAUGGAGGAGGCUCUGAAGAAAGUUGAGGAGAUGCAGGCUGACCUGGGAGGAACAGAGAUCCUUGAGCCCCUUGAAUACAUUUACAAGCAGCCCUGCAUUCCCAAGCAGCCCAGACAGCUGUUUGUCUUCACUGAUGGAGAGGUGGACAACACCAAAGAAGUUAUUGAUCUGGUUAAGAAGAAUGCAGGUUCCCACAGGUGUUUCUCUUUUGGGAUUGGAGAAGGAGCCAGCUCUGCUCUUAUUAAUGGGUUGGCCAAGGAGGGAGGAGGUCAUGCUCAGUUCAUCACAGGAACUGACAGAAUGCAGCCAAAAGUGAUGCAGUCGCUGCGGUUUGCACUGCAGCCUGCUGUGGCGGACAUCUCAGUAACAUGGGAUUUACCAAAGGGAGUGUCAGCCACUGUCCUCUCUCCACCAAUCACAGCAAUUUUCCAGGGGCAGAGGUCACUGAUUUAUGCCCAGCUCACUGGACAGUGUUUAGAGGCAGCAGAGGGCUGUGUGAUGGUGAAGUACAGCCUCGCAGGUCAUCCCUCUCAGAACCAGCUGCACUUCCGUCUCAAACCAGCAGAGGACACUGGAUUAACAAUCCACAGGUUGGCUGCUCGUACUCUGAUUCGCUGCCUGGAGUUGGAGGACAGAUCUGACAGAGGACAGCAAGAUGAAGGAGUGAAGAAGAAGCUGGUGGAGCUCAGUGUCCAAUCAGGAGUGAGCAGUUCUUUUACUGCCUUCAUUGCUGUCAACAAAGACAGUGGCGAGUCGAUUCAAGGACCUCUGGAACGCAGAAAUAUUCCAACACCAAGGUUUUAUUCACCGAUGUUGUGUAGUUCUCCAACGAUGAGGUUACAUCCAGUUCCCAUGAUGGCCUACCCAAGAGUCUAUGAUUCUGCUGAUCUGGUGUGUGAAUCAACAGAACUUUUGGAAACCUAUCAUUUUGCUGACUUGACUGAAAGUUAUGAUGAUGUAGAAGAUGAAGCUGCUGUUCCCCAGCAGCCCCUCAGAGGCCCUCUGCUACAGUUGGUGUCCCUGCAGAAGGCGUCUGGUUACUGGAUGCUGGAUGCAGCUUUGGCCUCUGCACUUGGAAAAACCAGUGAGGAGGUGGAAAAGUCAAAGCCUGCACCGGUUAACAAGGAGGUGUGGGCCACCAUUCUGGCUCUGAUCUGGCUUCAUGGUUUCAAGAUGGAUGUAAAGGAGGAGUGGGAGCUUUUGGCCAUGAAGGCUGCAUCAUGGCUCCGUGCUCAGAAUGCACCAUGUGUGACAGAGUGUGUGGAAGCAGGAAAUGUGCUGCUGGGCUGCAGCGUGCAGAAAGACGCUCUGGGGAUCUGAGGUUUUUAUUAAAGAGGCUUCAUUUUCAGAAUGCAUAUUGCUCUUUGCAACAUGUGCCUUUACAAUGUACCUUACUAUGAUUGAACUGCUUCUAUCUACUGUGUACAAAAUCCACAAUGUAAUGGCUUAAGGUAUGUACACUGCAGUUACUGUGCAAAUAAACUAUAGUAGUUAAGCAGUUAA